GAGGCAUCUGAAGACUAUCUCCAUUCUCCAGUCUCGGUAUUAUUUUUUUUUCUCUAUCCCUCUCUCCCUAUUUGGAUAGUGGCAUAGUGCUAGGGUUCGAUUUGCAAAGAGAGGAGGAGCCGGUACGUGAUGAAGUUCUUGGUCUGUAAAAACUUGCAAAUCCAUCUUGUUUCGAAGAAACUAUAUAUUAGUUAAUUAUCCGUUAGGGCUGGAUCGGAGACUCUCCACGUCCACUGUAUAAGUGGUCCUUUGGACUAGAUGGUCAUGGAUCCACGUCUCAGAAUAUUAUCUGGUUCUAUGAACGGAUUAACAUUCAAUGAUGAUCCCGUUUCGUAUCAGACUAUUGCCAACAGGCUCAAGCUCGAUGAGACCACUGUAGAUCCUACCUUCAUGGCUCUCCCUCUUCUUCAACCUGAUCCCGACUCUAAUAAUCUCGCUCCCGCUUCGACCCUGAUCCCCGAGGAAGAUUCUCAUGAAGACUUGGAUUUCUCGGAUGUAGUGCUCAAGUACAUAAGCCAAAUGCUCAUGGAAGAAGACAUGGAGGAUAAGGCCUGCAUGUUCCAGGAGUCUUCGGCUCUUCAAGCCGCUGAGAAACCCUUUUAUGAGAUCCUUGGAGAGAAAUAUCCCCCUUCCCCCAUUCAGACCCCUCUUUAUGUUGGUCACAACUCAGAAAGCUCAGAUGAUCCCUUAACUGCAAAUUUUAUUAAUUACAGUAGUAGCAGUUGCUGUAUUAGUUGCAACAACAACACAGCUGAUACAAGAUGGAUUUCUGAUCUCAGCGACUGCAGGACCACUUGGACAGGGAUUCUUCUUCCUGGCUGUACCUCUCAGUCAACUUCCCCUUCAUCUUUCAGCUCUUCAAGCAGUGGGGCUAGUGUUUUAGAUGGUUUGUUAGAGUCCCCGGUAAGUGUGGUUCAGGUGCCUGAUAUAAUUAGCGAAAAUGAGUCUGUUUGGCAAUUCAGGAGAGGAGUUGAGGAAGCUAGCAAGUUCCUUCCUAAUGAUAAUAGUCUGAUAAUUGAUCUUGACAACUAUGCUAGUUUUCCUAGGGAACCAAAGGAAGAUGCUGAGGUUCUGGUAAAGAUUGAACAGAAGGAUGAGAGGGAGAAUUCACCUAAUGGGUUGAGGGGAAAGAAAAAUCCACACCCAGAGGAUACAGAUUUAGAGGAAAGGAGGAGUAACAAGCAGUCGGCAGUUUAUACUGAAGAAACUGUACGAUCAGAAGAGUUUGAUAGGGUACUUCUCUGUAGUGGAGGGAGAGCUGGGGCUCCUAUGCCUACUUUGCAAGAAGAAGCCUUGCAGAAUGAGGCAAACCGGAAUCUACAUCAGAAUGGGCAUUCUAAAGUAUCUAACAGUGGAAAAUCCCGUGGUAAGAAACAAGCUGGUAAGAAGGAAACGGUGGAUUUGAGGACACUACUUAUUCACUGUGCACAAUUUGUUGCUGCGGAUGACCGAAAGAAUGCAUGCGAACUGUUGAAGCAAAUAAGGCAGCACUCUUCUCGAACUGGGGACGGAAACCAGAGGUUGGCCAAUUAUUUUGCUGAAGGCCUGGAGGCACGCAUGGCUGGCACUGGGAGCCAGAUUUACACAGCCUUCUCAACCAAGAGAACAUCUGCAGCUGAUAUCUUGAAAGCUUAUAAACUAUAUCUUGCUGCAUGCCCGUUUAAAAAGCUCUCAAAUUUCUUCUCAAACAGGACAAUUUUGAAUUUGUCUGAGAAAGCAACAAGGCUCCAUAUCAUAGAUUUUGGUAUCCUUUAUGGUUUCCAAUGGCCUUGUCUUAUUCACCAGCUCUCAAACAGACAUGGUGGACCCCCCAAUCUUCGAAUAACUGGGAUAGAACUUCCACAACCUGGUUUCCGGCCAACAGAGAGAGUUGAAGAAACAGGGCGUCACUUAGCAAACUAUGCUGAGAGGUUUGGUGUUCCUUUUCAGUAUAAUGCCAUUGCACAGAAGUGGGAAACCAUUCAAAUUGAGGAUCUCAAGAUUGAAAAAGAUGAGAUGCUUGUUGUCAAUUGUUUGUUCCGGUUCAGAAAUCUGCUAGAUGAAACUGUGGUGGUGGAGAGUCCAAGGAAUGCUAUACUGAAUCUGAUCAGGAAGAUGAACCCAGACAUUUUUGUUCAUGGCGUUGUGAAUGGGGCUUACAGUGCCCCUUUCUUCGUCACACGGUUUCGGGAGGCUCUUUUCCACUUCUCUUCUCUGUUUGAUAUGCUUGACACAAAUGUUCCACGAGAGAAUGAAGAGAGGGUAGUGAUUGAGAGAGAGAUGUUUGGACGGGAGGCCCUGAAUGUCGUAGCAUGUGAGGGCUCAGAGAGGGUUGAGAGGCCAGAGACUUACAAACAAUGGCAGGUCCGGACUACAAGAGCUGGGUUCAAACAGCUCCCAUUGGACCGGGAGAUCUUGAAGAAAGCAAAGGACAAGGUGAAAUCGAGCUACCACAAGGAUUUUGUGAUUGAUGAAGACAGCCAAUGGAUCCUGCAGGGGUGGAAAGGACGGAUCAUUUAUGCGCUCUCCUCUUGGAGACCAGCAGAUGGUGACUCUUGAAGCGUAUAUCUGUUGUCACUUUGGAAAGAGAAGGAUCAAGAGUCUGGAUAUUUUUUUCCGGUGCCUUUCCUUUGAUCCUACCCAUAGCUAGUCCAUUAGAUAGGGAACUUGAUGAAAGGUAAUGCUUUGGUUCUUUUGUUUGAAUUGAAUGUAUUCUGGGGUUUUUACCUUUAUUUCUGAUUCUGUACUGUGUAUGUAUGUAUAGGUAUAUGAGCUAGGUGGUGCAGUUUUGUAGUAAUUCAUUGCAUAUCCAAUGGGGUAAAAUAUGGAGUUUGUGAUUCGGAAGGAAGCCUCCUGCCUAUGGAUCUUGCCAUGAUCGUUUAUUGUAUUGUAAUCAAGAUAAUUGUCAGAAACUAUAUUACACGAAGAAAGUAUCCAUAGACGUGGAAACAGUGCUUUUAUGAAUGAAGUGAACAUACAGCUGUGAGACCUAUGAAUGUAGUAUGUAUGUAUAUAGUGUAUGUAUGUGUAUUCAUGUUUGUAAUCCGUUAGAUGUGUAUCUAUCUCAAUGCAACAAAUGGUUUAGAUGGGGAAGAACUUCUGUAGGAGAAGAAAGAAGAAGAAUUCGAAAUAUAUCAACAUUUUUAUGUUCUGUA